GCAAAAACUUCACUUCUGAAUACUGGAAUACAUAAACAGGAAAUGAACAGUUUUGUGGAUCAAGAUAGCCAUAAUUUUGAGAAAAUAAAAGUCAAAUUUGAGGAUAAUAAAUUUUAUAGUGAAGAUGAGGACAAAUUUAAUGAUGAAAGCGACAAUGAAUUUGGUAGUAAAAAUGAAAGCGAGAUCGAGGAAGACAAUAAAACUAGAUUUAAUAAAGGAGAGACUGUAGAUAUUCCUAAUGAAAUUAAUGAAAUGCUCGGACAAGAUUAUAUUACAGCAAAAGACAUUCUCAAUACUGCACAGGAAAUUGCUAAGUGUCUUGGAUUUGCAGUAACAAUCAAAAACAGUAGUUGUCGCCAUUUACAUCUUCAAUGCAAACGUGGUGGUCAACCCCGUAAUACCUCAAAUUUGACAGUAGACACGCGCAAAAGAAAGAGAAUGAGUAAACGUUGUGGAUGCCAAUUUCUUUUAAAGGCAGUACUACAAAAUUCUAAAUGGCAUGUUACUGAAAUAAUAAAUAAGCACAAUCAUCCUAUGACCAAGGACGAAAGAAUUUUCCAUGAACAUCGUCAGUUAACACGGGAAACAAGAAGUGCAGCUGUGCGAAUGUUGAAAGCAGGAGCAAGACCGAGUAUGAUCUAUGAAGCUAUUAGGGACGAGGAUGGAAACCCAACCGCAACUAGAAAGGACAUAUCUAAUUUAGGCUUACAAAUCAACUCUCUAGAGGAGACUGCUUCAAUGGAGGCACUGAUAAUUGGCAUGGAGAAAAGAGGAUAUAUAGUGCGCCGUGAAAAUUAUAAAGGAAAUCGUCUAAAGCAUUUAUUUUUCUGCUAUUCUAAUUCGGUAACAAGUGCCAGACGCUUUCCAGAAGUGGUUUUAAUCGAUGCCACUUAUAAAACAAAUGUUUACAAAUUACCAUUUGUAAAUUUUGUUGGCAUUGGUAAUCUUGGUGUAAAUAAAUUGCAAACAUUUGGUAUUGCUGGCGCCUGGAUCUCUGAUGAAUCAGAGAAUUCGUAUAUUUGGGUUAUUCAACAGCUCAUUUCUCUUGUAUUUUUUGAACUUUCUCCUUUGGUGUUUGUUACAGAUAAUGAUGCCGCACUUACUAGUGCUGUUAGAAAAAUUUUUCCAAAAGCUGAUUGCCUUUUAUAUACUUGGCACAUUUUAAAUAAUUUUAAAAAAAUUUAA